ACGAAACCGCAGAGUUUGGGACAGUAGUGACUGCGAUUUGCGGUUACUUAGACGAUGAAGACUAAACGCCUGCGUUUAAAGUCUUUCCGCUAUUUUAAAGUCUGUCAAUAGGACAACUUGCCGUUCUUCUUUCGUCUCAAUUCAUCAAUUCAUUAGAAAGUCACAGUCGGUGUCUAUUUUGUUAACCGUCGUCGCUUUCAGUCUGGUGGGUGUGGUUUAUAACACAUCGAAGAUUAUUAAUAUCCAUCGAAAUCAAAUUUCGCUAGAAUCUACAACAGUAUGAAGAGCUCUUCAAAUACCGUUUUGUUUAUAUUACUACUGUCCGGAGUAUUUGGUGUUGAUGAAGUGAAGACAGUGUCAGUGAUGGAGGGAGAAUCUGUCACUCUAAACACUGAUCCUUCUAAAAUAAAGGAAUUUAAUCUGAUAGAGUGGAGGUUUGGAGCGUCAGGUUCAGUCAUUGCUGAUACUGAUAAAACUAAGAGCUCAUAUCCCUAUCUCACUGAGAUAUUCAGAGACAGACUGCAGCUGGAUCAUCAGAAUGGAUCUCUGACCAUCAAGAACAUGAGAAUCAAACACUCUGGACUUUAUAAACUAGAGAUCAUCCGCAACUCUGGUACCUUACCUACAACAUUCAGUGUUACUGUCUCUGAGUCUCCAACGGAUGCUGAUAUUGAUGCUGGCGAAGCUGAAAUGAUGACUGUGUCAGUGAAUGACGUUGUCAUUCUUCAGACUGAUGUUAAUGAAACACACGGAGAUGAGCUGAUAGUGUGGAGGUUUGAAAGAAAACUCAUAGCUAAAUGUGAUAUAGAGGCCGAUAGCCUAACAAAAGAUACUGAUGAGAGAUUCAGAGACAGACUGCAGCUGGAUAAUCAGACCGGAUCUCUGACCAUCACAGACAUCAGAACCACAGACUCUGGACUUUAUACAGUGAAGAUCAGCAGCAACAAACAGACAUUAUACAAGAAAUUCAAUGUUACUGUCAGUGGUCUGUCUUCAGGUGCUAAAGCAGGAAUAGUUUUUUUUGUUCUGCUGGUGUUUUCAGCUGCAGCUGGGGUUUUUCACUAUCGUCACAUAAUCUGCUCUCCAAAACGUUUAUGGGAUGAGGAGUCCUCUACACAGGAAUCAGGGUCGUAAACCAUUAAGAUGGCGCUGCACUUGUGUUUUUUUACGAUUUGAUGCUUCCGGUUAAUACUGAGUGAGUUGGUUUAUCUCAUCAUAUCUGGUAAGUAGUAUUAAUUAUCAAUAUUUAAGCAGUUAAAGGUUGUAUCAGUGAUUUUA